UUUUUUGAAAUUCAGUUCGUUUAUCUGUGAGAUUCAGUUCGUAUCUGACUUUCGGCGUGAGUGGAGUGCAGCGUUUGUUUGAACGGCCACUGAAAGCCAGCAACAACAACAAUAAUAUCGACGACAACAACAACAAAAACAGCAGCGGCAGCAAAGACAGCAAAGCAAAAGCAACAACCAGUGACGUGCAACAACGACAAGCAGAACAGCAUGUGUUGCAUGCAGUGAACAAAACAAACAGAACAUAAACACAAGUAUUCUGUAUUCUGUUUUCUGUAUUCUUUUAAUAUUUAAUAAAACAAGAAAGUGAACUAGAAGUGAAGCCAUCGAGUGAAUACCAGACGAAAAGUGUAUGUCUCUGAACUGCUCCCAGGAAAAGUUCUCGUUAAGCCCCCGAAAAUGUGUUAGAAGACCCGCGGAAAACCUGCAAAACAAUCGACAACAAGGAAAAACUCUAUACCAGCACCAUGGACAUGACCAAACAGAUUGCGGACUUUGAAAUAAAGUCGGAACUGAUCGGCGAAAUGGAUCAGUUCGAGCCGAGUGACUACACGAUGGCGCCACCGGAAGAGCCCACGAUUGUGAAUGAGGCUCACCUGGAGCACCUGGAGGAGCCGAACAAAAAGUACUCCCCCGAAAGGGAAGUGGAAGCCGCUCUGGAGGAUCCCAGUGAGGUGGUGGGUCAAGCGGACACAGAUGCUGAGGCUGGUGGAGAAGUGAAGUCACCAGAGAACGACUUGGAAGCGGAGCCGGUGAAGGCCAAGGAGAGUCUGAUGAACGACCAAGCUCUGACUCCGCCACCACGACCGCUGACCUCCAGUGAAGUGGUGGGUCUGCGGGAUCCCGAACACACCGAGCUGCGCAUGCGCCUGGAGGCCAAGAAGUCGCGCUCUCUACCAGUUUCCCCACAGCCCCAACAAAGUCUUAAGCUAGCCGGCUCGGCGCUCUUCGAAUUCGGCCAGCGAUCCUCUCCGGUGGAGGCCAAGAUCAAAACCAAUCCCGAGGCGACGAAGGCGCCCAGGCGCAAAAUAGUUCCUCCCACUGGCGAAGGGGACAACCAGCAGUUCUGCCUGAGGUGGAAUAACUACCAGUCCAACCUGACCAAUGUCUUUGACGAGCUCCUGCAGAGCGAGUCCUUCGUGGACGUGACCCUGUCCUGCGAGGGCCACUCGAUCAAGGCCCACAAGAUGGUGCUAUCCGCCUGCUCGCCCUACUUCCAGGCCCUGUUCUACGACAAUCCCUGCCAGCACCCCAUUAUCAUUAUGCGGGACGUCAGCUGGUCCGACCUGAAGGCCCUGGUGGAGUUCAUGUACAAGGGGGAGAUCAACGUGUGCCAGGACCAGAUAAAUCCGCUGCUCAAAGUGGCCGAAACCCUCAAGAUCAGGGGCCUGGCGGAGGUCAGUGCGGGCAGGGGCGAGGGAGGCGCCUCCGCACUUCCCAUGUCCGCCUACGAGGAUGAGGAGGAGGAGGAGGAACUGGCCUCGGCCACUGCGAUUCUGCGGCAGGAGGAUGACGCAGAUCCCGAUGAGCAGAUGAAGGCCAAGAGGCCCAGACUGCUGCCCGAAGGCGUCUUGGACUUGAACCAGCGCCAGAGGAAGAGAUCCCGGGAUGGCAGCUACGCCACACCGAGUCCCUCCCUGCAGGGCGCGGAGUCCGAGAUCUCGGAGAGGGGCUCAUCCGCCACGCCUGGCCAGAACCAGAGCCAACCCCUGGCCAUGACCACCUCCACCAUAGUGCGCAACCCCUUCGCCUCGCCCAAUCCCCAGACCCUGGAGGGCAGGAACAGUGCUCUGAAUGCGCCAGCAGGCCAGAGGAAGUCGCCAGCUCCAGCUGCGGCCCACAGCAAUGGAAACAGCGGCGCCACCAUGCACUCCCCACCCGGGGGCGUGGCCGUCCAGUCCGCCCUGCCGCCCCACAUGGCCGCCAUCGUGCCGCCGCCCACCUCCGCCAUGCACCACCAUGCCCAGCAACUGGCCGCCCAGCACCAGCUGGCCCACUCGCACGCCAUGGCCAGCGCCUUGGCGGCCGCAGCCGCCGGAGCGGGCGCGGCGGGAGCGGGCGGCGCUGGAGCCGGCAGUGGCUCUGGGGCCAGUGCUCCGACUGGCGGAACGGGAGGGGCGGGCAGUGCAGCCGGCGCGGCGGUGGGUUCCCAUCACGAUGACAUGGAGAUCAAGCCAGAGAUCGCCGAGAUGAUUCGCGAGGAAGAGCGGGCCAAGAUGAUCGAGAGUGGAGGCCACGGCGGCUGGAUGGGAGCGGCAGCUGCGGCCACUGGAGCAGCUUCUGUGGCGGCAGACAGCUACCAGUACCAGCUGCAGUCCAUGUGGCAAAAGUGCUGGAACACCAACCAGCAGAACCUGGUGCAGCAGCUGAGGUUCCGCGAGCGCGGCCCACUGAAGUCCUGGCGACCCGAGGCCAUGGCCGAGGCCAUCUUCAGUGUCCUGAAGGAGGGUCUCUCCCUGUCCCAGGCGGCCCGCAAGUUCGACAUACCCUAUCCCACCUUCGUCCUGUACGCCAACCGGGUGCACAACAUGCUGGGUCCCUCGCUGGAUGGCGGAGCUGAUCCGCGGCCAAAGGCGCGCGGUCGUCCGCAGAGGAUCCUGCUGGGCAUGUGGCCGGAGGAGCUCAUCCGCAGCGUCAUCAAGGCGGUGGUGUUCCGGGACUAUCGCGAGAUCAAGGAGGACAUGAGCGCCCACCAGUACGCCAAUGGACAGGCCCAUGGUCAGACCUACAUCGGAGGAGGCACCACCACGAAUGGCUACCACAGUGCUGCGGCAGCCAAGCUGGCCGCCCAGAAUGCUGCACUGGCUCCGCCGGACGCGGGCAGCCCGCUGAGUUCCAUGACCGAGACCCUGCGCCGCCAGAUCCUCUCGCAGCAGCAGCAGCAGCAACAGCAGCAGCAGCACCACCAACAGCAGCAGGCGCACCACCAGCAGCAGCCCUCGCACCACCAGCAGCAGUCGCCCCACGUCCAGUCCAUGAACAUGUACAAGUCGCCGGCCUAUCUGCAGCGCUCCGAGAUCGAAGAUCAAGUGUCCGCCGCGGCGGCCGUGGCGGCGGCGGCGGCCAAGCACCAGCAGCAGGGGGAGCGGAGGGGCUCGGAGAACCUGCCCGACCUCAGUGCCCUGGGCCUGAUGGGUCUGCCGGGCCUGAACGUGAUGCCCUCCCGGGGAUCCGGCGGCGGAAGUGGCGGCGCAGCGCCCAACAGUGCCGCUUCCUAUGCCCGCGAGUUGUCCCGCGAACGGGAACGCGAUCGGGAGCGCGAGCGGGAGAGGGAAAGGGAGCUGUCCCGCCAGUAUGGCAGCCAGUCGCGGGGAUCGAGUUCCGGUUCCGGGAGCGCCAAGUCCCUGAACGCCAGCCAAAGACCGGGCGCCGCCUCGCCCUACUCCGCCGUCCACUAUGCCAAACAUCAGGCGAGUGCCUACAACAAGCGCUUUCUGGAGAGCCUGCCCGCCGGCAUCGACCUGGAGGCCUUCGCCAACGGACUGCUCCAGAAGUCGGUGAACAAGAGUCCGCGCUUCGAGGACUUCUUCCCGGGCCCCGCCCAGGACAUGAGUGAGCUGUUUGCCAAUCCGGAUCCCAGUGCAGCUGCUGCGGCGGCGGCCGCCUAUGCGCCUCCUGGCGCCAUCCGGGAGUCCCCGCUGAUGAAGAUCAAGCUGGAGCAGCAGCACGCCACCGAACUGCCGCACGAGGAUUGAAUCCUGGGCGGGGGCGGUAUCGGGGCAGACACAAGAGUGGGCUGGGGCAGUUAUUAGGUAACCAAAUAAACGAGGAGGGGUGCUAAGUAAUCUUGGAUAAGAGUAAGUAGCUAUAAUUUCGGGAUAAUUUCAUGAAGCAGAUACACGUGCAUGUAGAAUUACAUGCAAUUUUGUUUUGUGAAACAUCUGCAAGAAUAGGAAAGAAGUGUGCAGGAAGCCCAACAGCUCAUGUAAAAUGUGACUGAUAAAAUAAAGUACUCGCUAUCUUAUCAAGAAAUAGUAAAACGGUUCAAUAAAAUGGAGCAUUUCAAUUUGAUGACAUCAAUUUACGCCGUUAAUACCAAGCAUAUGCGAUUUAUUUUCCCCAACAAAUAGCCCAAACACUCCAAAGAUUACUUGCCCCAGGAGUCUUGGCCCAAAUCCAACAAACCACCCUCAGCCCAAAGGAAGAACACAAUAGACCCAAACAAACAUUUUGGACUGCUACUUGAACCCCAACGUUUUUAGUGUUUAGUGCUUAGUUGAAGUUGCUAACUGGUUUUUAUGCCUAGGCUAGUUUUAGAGUGUAUCGAGGAAGGUAUAAAGUAUUAACCUAUUAUUAAAGCACACCCCAAACACAGACACACACACACACACACACACACGCACACACAACCACACACACAUACUUCGGAACUUUCCUGUAAGGAUAGGAUCUCGUACUUUGUCUUAUUUAUUUCGAGAGAACUCGUUGCGUUGAUUGCCUUUUUUGCCACGCGAAAAUAAUAAUAAUAAAUAGGAUUACGAUUAACAAUAAACGUGAACGCGACCGUAAACAUUAAAGUUGCGAUUAGAGACUUGUGCAUUUCUUAAAUGUAGCUUAACCCUAGAAUAGCCCUCAAAUACAAAACACUGAAUGUUGUCAAAUCCGGUAAUCACCACUUAUACAUGCAUAUAUACCAGCAUACAUAUACGCAAUACUUUAGAUACAUAAACCCACACAGAUAGAGGUGCAUACCACGCACGUACAUACAUAAACUUAUAUUAAUGGUAUUUCCAAAUGUACGAGUAACUGUAAAUAAUGUACAAAUUUCCAUAGCUUUAGGCUUCGACUUAAUCUUAGACUUACCCCAAAAAGCCCUUCGCAGCACUUCUUCUAUGGUAAUCGUAUUGUAAAUGAACGAAUGGGCAAACAACGCAGGCAGCAUCACAUUAAAUUUGUGCUAAUUUUAUGUAAACAACCACACAGAUACACAAUACCAACGCACCCACGCACACUCGACUGUCAGAUAUGCGUAUGUAUGUGUAUUGGUUGGGCUGCGUGGGUGAACUAUUAUUAUAACUAUUAUUACGAUUAUUAUUAUUGCCUACCCCUAGAGAUGCGCGAGGCAUUCUUGAGUUUAGUUAAACCGUAAAUUAUACAACAAUAAACAGAAAAGGAAAAUAAAAAUAAAAACGAAUCGAAAAGCUAAAUGUCAACUAA